AUGGUCACUGGAGUGACCAAACUACUCUGCAUAAACGAGCGUGCGCCUGAUCGAUCUGUCCAUACUACUGCCAUAUUGGAGACACCAGUACUCUAUUCCAGUAGUUAUUUGAUCAGUGGAUCCUCUGGAACUGUUGUGGUGGGUAAAGGGAGACAAUAUUUAAAUCCUCACGAUCUAUUUAAAUCAUUUUUCAAUUUGAAUUCAUAUAUCAAUUUGAUUAUUCAAUCGGUUUCUUACUACGCAAUCGAUUUAUCAAAAGUUAGAAAAACAACAUUUGAUUAUUAUUGUCAAACAAUUAUUCCUAAUAUUCGUAAUGUAUUAUCUCUUACAUUAUCCAAUGAACCGCAAACGUGUCGUGAAAUUGAUUUAUUUAUAAACAAUGUACAUAUUGAAAAAUUCUCACAUACUUGUAUUUCAUUAUCAUUGAUUGAAUCAACAAAUGAUCAAUUAGAUGAUAUUCUCUCAAAAUUAACAAAUGUGACAAAAUUUAAACUGCAAUGGUAUCAGUCCGAUAAAACGCCAAAAAGUAUGAGUCAUUAUCUUACAUUACAAUAUUUACAAUAUUUCACACUGGAUUGUGUUGCACUUUCAAUUAGCGAUUUAGUUUUGAUUUUUCUCUCAUUACCGAAACUUGUUUAUCUGAAUGUGAUGAAAAUACGUUGUUUUACAGAAGAAGGGAAACCAGAAACAUUAUUGUUUAAUGAUGAUUCUAUAUUAACCUUAGCUCCAACUUUAUCAAUUCUCAAAAUUCGAUUCAUCUCUACUGUACAGCUAGAAACGCUUAGGCUUUUAUUUCAACGUUUACCUCAAUUGCGACAAUUAUCGUUGCACAUGGAAAUACACGACCAGCACCCACCCAUAGACGGCUAUCAGUGGAAAGAGAUAUUCACUUAUUUAUCAAAUUUAAAACACUUAGGCUUUUAUAUGACUAGUUGGACAACUGAUUAUUCCUAUUUCGAAUCGUUAGUCACAUCAUUUAAUAUUGAUUUUUAUUUGGAACGUAAAUGGUAUUUUACAUUUGAUUAUUCAGAAGAAAAACAAUUAUUGCAAAUGUACAAAAUCCCACUAAAAAUAUAUAAGUAUGACGAAUUAUUGUGUUCAAUGCACAUUAACACAACAAAUUCUAAUAGUGUAAAGUCAGUCUGUACAACUGUCAAACAUUUGUCAAUUCUUCAUUCAUCUCAUUCUUACCCGACUACAGUUAGAAGAACGUACCCAAAUGUGAAAUCACUGACACUGAAAACCAAUGUUUCAUUAUUAACUUAUUUAAAUCAAAUUAUUGUUUAUUCAAAUUUAACACAUUUGGACAUUCGUCAUGAACAAUAUUCAACAGUAUUCUUCUUAAAUUUAUUUAGAAAAGCAUCAAAUAUUACAUCUUUAACUCUAACAAAUACAACUGAUAGUCAGUUAAAUGAACUACUUAACAAUAAACCAUUGUGUGACAAAUAUUUAUGUAAAAUGAUCAAAAAUUUAGAAUUAACUGGUGGCAUUACACGAGAUAAUGUUGAACGAUUUUCAAAUGUUUUCAAAAUUCUAGAACGACUACAGAUUAAGCAUUUAUAUUAUGAACCAAUUAUUGUUACAACAUUACUAGAAAACAUGAAACAGUUAACAAAUUUAACAAUCAAUAACAAGGAUCGUAGAAUAUUGGAAACGAAAGGCUUUCGAAAAAAUGAUAAUAGAUUAGAUGAGAGAGUGUAG